UUUGCUAUGUUUCUACAACAAGUUUCAAAGGGCAGCUCUUUUGGGUGUUUGGAGAAUAUAGAAACAAGACUCAAGAGAGGGGCUAAAUGAGAAAUGAUAAAACAAAAGGAUUUUCCCAUAGUCAUUUUAUUGACAGUUUUUAUUGUUACAAAGGAAGUCCAUGCAUACACAGUGACAAGCUUCACUUCAUAUCUCAGGAAGCAGCAAUCAUCUGAUAGGUCUUUGGGGUAAUAAGAAGUGAGAGAAAGCCAAUGAAGAGAAAGACCAACUUAAGAGAGAUGAAGGGGAGGCUAAAAAAUGCACCAUCUUUCUGGAACUACAGUAACAGGCUAAAUGAAAUCAUCAUUUUAUCUUUUCAGGUAGUGCAGGCUCUCUGGGAAAGGAGAGGUGGGAAGAACCAAUUUUUCAGAGAAUACUAGGGUCACAGAGUGAGUAGAGUUGGAGUCACAGACAGAAGUGAGGAAACGGCUGUGUUUAGGUUUUGGCAGCUGGACAUGAGGUGGUAAUAAUAUCACAGGGUUGCCAUUAAUCGAGUCAUAACUACUACAUGCCAGAAACCAUGCUGGGCUCUGUUCAGCAUGGCUCCUGAUCACUGCAGCAGCAGGAAAGGUGGGCAUUGCUGCUCCUGGGAAGGCAGUGAGGCCCCAGGUUAAGUAACUCGUUCUGGUUGCCUGCCAACUAGCAGCAGGGUCAGGAGCGGGAUCCCCGCCUGCCGGGCUCUGGAGUUAUCGUGUUUUCUACACACCCGCGUUUUCAUGCUACAGAUUUCACAGGGGGGUUGGCUGAGGUGACUUGGGAGUUUAUAAGGUCUCAGCGAAGGUUAAAGAACAAUGAGGAGACGCAGGUCUGAGCAGGAUAUCUAUAUUUCACAGGAGAAUUAUUGGGUCUUGCCUCCUAGAAUUCCCAGGGAAUGGAAAACAGAGUAGGAUUAGGAUGGGAGGUGACUCUGGUUUGGGGUUUCUUUUGAGGAGGCGUCAGGCACUGGGUUUGUCCUAGGCAGCAAUCCGGUAGUUGGGAUGGACCUGGGGCCUGACGUCGCAGACCAUGCCGAGGAGCUGGGCCAGGACCCGCUCUCGGUGUUUCUGCUGGGAGCUCUGCAUGCCCUGCACCUGGCGCCUGGUGGCCUGCUCCACCUCCGCGGACAGGUUUCCCUGGGAGCCCAUGGCCUGGAAGGUGAGGAAGGGGCAGAAGAGGGAAAGGAAGAGACAGAGAAAGGGGGUCCAGGCAUGUGCAGGAAAGAUUCUGGAGCAAGGCCCUCUCCAAACCACCCAUCCCACGGAAACAGCCAGACACCGGGACCACCCUCUCCUCCAAGACCCGGUGUGCCACGCCAGCUGUACAAUCCCCACCCUCACCGCCCACAACCACGGCACUCUGCCCCCCAAAUGCCAUCGUGCUCCACACAGACUGUGGCCAUUCUGCCACAACUGCCCGAGUCCUUCAGAUGCACAGGCUCCUAAAUGUCACAAAGCUUGACCAACGUCACAUGGUCCCCACCAGGACCCCCUUCUGUCCUUGACCAUCUUAUUUUAUCGUAGAAUCACCCGCACCAGAUGGAAGAUCCCCACUUCUCCCGGACUCACCGCCUGCUGUUUGCUCUGGAAUUCCACCUCUCGCUCCCGCCGGUAUUGCUCCACUUCCAUCUGUGCCUCCUCCUUUGCCUGCUUCAGACGCCGGGCCUUCCCUGGAAGCAAAGACAGGAUGGGCCCAGGAGUUCCAUGGCCUCCACCUCCCGCCGCCAGCGCCGAGAGCGUCGCUUCCGGCGGUACUUGUCUGCAGGUCGGCUGGCCCGGGCCCAGGCCCUCCUCCGGCGACACCCCGGCCUCGAUGUAGAUGCUGGGCAGCCCCCGCCACUGCACCGGGCCUGUGCCCGCCACGAUGCGCCUGCCCUGUGCUUGCUUCUUCGGCUCGGGGCUGACCCUGCCCACCAGGACCGCCACGGAAACACGGCGCUGCACGCUGCCGCCCGCCAGGGUCCUGAUGCCUAUACCGACUUCUUCCUGCCGCUGCUGCAUCGCUGCCCCUCUGCCCUGGGAGUAAAGAAUAAGGAUGGGAAGACCCCAGGACAAAUUCUGGGCUGGGGACCCCCUUGGGGUUCUGCUGAAGAGGAGGAGGAAGACGCGUCCAAGGAGCACCAGUGGAGGCAGAAGCUGCAGGAAGAGCUGGAGGACGAGUGGCAGGAGGUCACGGGGUGGCUCGAAGACUAUGCUUCCCGUGAGGCCCCGGAACCCGAGUCCUUCUCAGCCUGGUCAGAUCGCCUGGCGCGGGAGCAUGCCCAGAAGUGCCGGCAGCAGCGUGAGGCCACGGGGGCCUGCCGGCCCGCCCGGGCUGAGGGCGCCCGUCUGGGCUGGCGGCGGCUGGAGGAGGAGCGGAGGCUCUUCCAAGAGCGGGCCAGGACCAAGGAGGAGGAGCUGCGGGAGAGCAGAGCCCGGCGGGCGCAGGAGCGGGCGCAGGAGGCUCGCAGGGACCUGGGGCCCGGGGCCCAGCAGCCCAGGGGAGUCGGCAGGGGUAAUCUCUGGCGCUUCGGCGAUGUGCCCUGGCCUUGCCCUGGGGGAGGGGACCCGGAGGCCAUGGCAGCAGCCCUGGUGGCCCGGGGUCCCCCCUUGGCGGAGAAAGAGGCCCUGAGGAGGUACUUGAGGGCCCAGCAGGUUCGCUGGCACCCAGACCGCUUCCUACAGCGAUUCGGGAGCCAGAUUGAGGCCUGGGAGCUGGGCCGAGUGAUGGGAGCCGUGACAGCCCUUUCUCAGGCCCUGAAUCGCCGAGCGGAGGCCCUCAAGUGACCUCCGGGAGACCAGGCGGGACUGCAGGGAACGCAGCCUUCGAGGCACCGGCAGGAAGGGCAUGGCCAGAGGUGGGGUGACGAGCCGCGGCAGACCGCACUGUGAGCAGAGGAUGUGGGGUGCGAGCGAAACUUGUGAUGAGCGGGGGCGGGCAGCCACCACUGCUCCGGCUCCGCCACUUCCUAAUAAGACCUGGUUCCACGUCCCACUCCCAGGCUCGCAUCGCCCAUGCCGUCUUCGCCGCGGGCUGCCGAACCCAGCUCUGCACUGACCCGCACGCACGGCCGCCUGCGCCGGACGCCGGCGGCCCUGA